AUGGCUUGCUGCCGGUCAUUUGUAAAUUGUCUCGUUUUUGUCUUAGCACUGACUGCACUCUUCGCAACGGUUUUCUUCACAACCAACGACACAGAAGGAGCUCUGGCCAGUACAGCCGACGCCAACUUCGACAACUCUCCUCUGAAUAUACGCGAGUGUACUGCUCGACCACAGGAAUCCUGCACACCUGCGUCGCUGGAUACAUCUGACUGCGCAUUCCUUUCGAACACGAGUGGCGAGUAUUUUGCUAAACGCACACAAACAUACAUCACAUUGGUUUGUGGUGAGGAUGCCACCAAAGACGUCUUUAAGAAACAGACAGCAGCCAUCAGUAAACGCAGUAAACACCGUGCUGUAUCCGGGAAAAUCCAGAACGAGGCGGUGUUGGACCCGGAAGUCAUCCAACCAAUUCGACAGAAGAUCGUCGUGCUUAAAAUUAAGAACUCCAUUGACAACAUUUUGACCUUCCGCAUCGGAAUGCUUGAGCCCUGGACUGAGCAACCUGCUAGAAAUUUCUUUCGAAGAUUGCGAGCCGCUCAUCUUGCACCAGAAGGACUUUUCACAGCUAAAAAGUUUGCGGAUCAUCUUAUUCUACGUAACUGCCAUCCGGUAUCUCCAGUGCGAAACGUUUACCGGUCUGCCCAAACUGCAAGUCUUCGGUGUGCCAAAUAUCAUGUAUUUUCUGGAUAAUGAGGCUAACAAGGAAAUUAUGGUGGAUCUGAACAGUUUCUACUGUGACCCGGGAACGCGUGGUUUUGGAACUGGCUAGCGACAAAUCCCCAACUGAGUGUCGAACGCACCGCCGGCAGUGUAUUUAAGAUUGGAACUCUGCAAAACAAGGAAACGUGGUUUCAAGAAAGCGGCGUUGCUCCAUCUGGAGUUUCUUUUAACAACGCCCGAUACGCAUGCGAUAAUGAAAGACUGGCGUUGACUGCAGAGCAAUGUCGUGCGCGUUCCUUUGCAUUUUAUUUGUGUGAAUCGUUGCCAA